GUGAUAGCUGGCUACUUGACAGCACCGCGUAAGCAACAAUUAUCGAAACAAGUCCCUUAUUGUGAAUCGAAUUAUGAAGAAAAUAUUCGUGUUGUUAUCUCUGUGCGUUUUGUUUUCCCUAUCCAGAACUCUUUCAUACGAAAAGACCGGUCCAAAGAGUAAGGAAUUGAUUCUCAAAAAUAAAGUACGACCAGCGGACAAAAACUUUUUCGGGCUGCUGUUAGUUCCUUACAUAAUAUGCUUUUUCGCUGCUACGGGCAUAUGGCCACACUAUCCGCAGUACAUGCAAAAUAGUGUCAACGAAAUGGGACAACAAGUUUUUUCACAAAGUGACGAACACAUUCAAAAUUUUUGCCGAGGAAAGUUUUUAUUUAAUGCUCAGGCACAUAGACCAGUAUUUUUCAAGGGAAUUUUUUUCCCGUUCGCUCCAAUAGAGGAAUGGCCUUCGAAGACGACAAAGAUAGUGGAAAAAACUACUAUGAGAGAAAGACCAACGCCUGCAGAGACAAAAGAAACGGAAGCAACGACAGAAACUACAGUGACAACCACUAAGGCAACUACAGUACCCACAACUACAUUACCACCAGAAACUACAACUCCUGAACCUACUACUACUACUCCUGACACCAGCGUCGUAACGUUUGAUCCCAAUCAGCCUGUAACGGUGAUUUGCAAUUGUAGCCAACCGAAACUUGUUAAUUCACAAGCAAAUGUCACGACAGUGAAAAUUGAAAAGAGCAUCAACACAAUACCAUUGACCACAGGCACUGCAGCACCCACUCAGCCAACUCAUAUUAAAAUCGAAGUAAAAAAUGUGAUUUCGUUUAUUGAUCUCAUUUUAUCGUAUUUGAAUUUAACGAGAUCGAACCAGUGAAAUAUUGAUUAGUGUUCGGAAGUUGCCUAUGUGUUUGAUUAAAGAGUGACUUGAAUGUUGUGUAUCCAAAGGUUUUUGUUGUUUAAUUUGGAGUAGAAGAAAGAACAGAAAAA